AUGGCAAGCUUGAGCGACACUGUUCCGGACGAUCACUACAGGAUCACUUACGAAGAGGUGCAUGUCGUAAGUAUCACAGAGCACUGGCAGAUAUGACCGUCGAUGCUUUCGCAAGCAUUUGACGUUUGUUGGCACACGCCGGGUCGAUGGGCUGCUUGCUAACGCCAAGCUUCGCCAUUGGCGUUGUCCUUCGCGUGCUGCCGCAACCCCUAACCACAGCAUAUAUGCAAUGCAGCCCGCAAGAUCAAGCAGGACUUUGAUCCCGUGAGUUCUGAUCGCCCUUCUUUGUGGGUACUGUACGCUAAAGCUACAUGGGAUGCAUGCCAUGAACACCAGGACGUGAUUCUCGCCAUCGCAGGCGGCGGUCUCUUUCCUGCUCGCGUUCUUCGCACGUUUCUCAAGCGGCCAUCCCGAUUGGAUCCGACAAAGCUGCGAAACGUGCCCAUCAACGUUGUGUCUUUGGCGCUGUACGAAGAAAUCGCCAACUCAUCCGCCGGUGCUCUGGGACGAGAGGUGCUGAGGACGCAGUGGCUGGAUGCGAAGGCGAUCAGAGGACAAAAGGAGGGAGGCGCCGCAGAGGAAGGCAAGGGCGAAGGGCUGCUCGGGAAGCGCAUCCUGAUCGUGGUGAGUGUUUGCGAGCCACCGUGAGCUUGAGCUGCUCACUGCUAUGCGAUACUCAUAGAGCGCACCUUUCCUCGACAGGAUGAGGUGGAUGACAGCAGAACGACGCUGCAGUAUGCGUACAACGAGGUGAGUCGUAUGCCACGGUAGCUGGUGAAACCUGCGUGCUCGGCUGAACGAGCCCGCACACCUGUUGCAGCUGCUCAAGGAUGUUCGCAAAGAGAUCAAAAGCUUGUCACCUCAAGAGCGAGCCGCGCUCCCGCCUACGCGAUUUGGGAUUUUUGUGUACGUCGUGACCAUCAGGGUGGGCGCUUUGCAUCGCACUGACCGUGUCAUCGCCCUCGCUUCUCACACAGAGUGAACAACAAGCUACGACAGAAGCGUGGCGUACUGCCCAUCUAUCCUGAAGGCACUUCCACAGAGAAUGAACCGCUAGAUGACGCGCAGGAUGGAGACAAAGUUGGCAAAGGGUGCUUCUACUGGGCUGCAGAGACCACCGGAGAUGUGUGGAUCGACUACCCUUGGGAACAAGAGUGAGUUCUGGCUUGAACCGUCACAAAGGACUCUAAUGAUUGUUGGGACGCAUGAGCAUGCUGAUGACCAAGAUCACAUUUGUUGGCCCCCCGACGCAGCGACAUUAUAGAGCAUAAUAGGUUGGCGGCUGUAGCCAAGAAGCUGGGAAUAAACCAGCCAGUCGGGGUGCUCGAGGCAGCUGCUUCUGCGUCGGCGUAA